AUGAGCACACAGAGGAUUCAGCACAGUAUUAUACGCCACAGUUGCCCCAUCUCCUGGCCAACUAUACCAAGCACAUACUGGAUCCUGGACUUCCUGACGGGCCGCUCCUCAGGUGGUCAGGAACGCUCCUCCCACCCUCCUGUAGAACGCUCCUCCCACCCUCCUGUAGAACGCUCCUCCCACCCUCCCGUAGAACGCUCCUCCCACCCUCCCGUAGAACGCUCCUCCCACCCUCCUGUAGAACGCUCCUCCCACCCUCCUGUAGAACGCUCCUCCCACCCUCCUGUAGAACGCUCCUCCCACCCUCCUGUAGAACGCUCCUCCCACCCUCCUGUAGAACGCUCCUCCCACCCUCCCGUAGAACGCUCCUCCCACCCUCCUGUAGAACGCUCCUCCCACCCUCCUGUAGAACGCUCCUCCCACCCUCCUGUAGAACGCUCCUCUCUACCUCCUGUAGAACGCUCCUCCCACCCUCCUGUAGAACGCUCCUCCCACCCUCCUGUAGAACGCUCCUCCCACCCUCCUGUAGAACGCUCCUCCCACCCUCCUGUAGAACGCUCCUCCCACCCUCCUGUAGAACACUCCUCCCACCCUCCCGUAGAACGCUCCUCCCACCCUCCUGUAGAACGCUCCUCCCACCCUCCUGUAGAACGCUCCUCUCUACCUCCUGUAGAACGCUCCUCCCACCCUCCUGUAGAACGCUCCUCCCACCCUCCUGUAGAACGCUCCUCCCACCCUCCUGUAGAACGCUCCUCCCACCCUCCUGUAGAACGCUCCUCCCCCCCUCCUGUAGAAUGCUCCUCUCUACCUCCUGUAGAAUGCUCCUCCCACCCUCCUGUAGAACGCUCCUCCCACCCUCCUGUAGAACGCUCCUCUCUACCUCCUGUAGAACGCUCCUCCCACCCUCCUGUAGAACGCUCAUCCCACCCUCCUGUAGAACGCUCCUCUCUACCUCCUGUAGAACGCCCCUCCCACCCUCCUGUAGAACGCUCCUCCCUCCCUCAUAACUCUCGUCCCUCGUUGCCCGGUCCUUUGAUCUGGAAGAUGUAG